GAGCGGGAAGAGGGGGGUGGGUGGGAUCGGAGGGGGAGACCAUGACCUCCAGCUACGGGCACGUUCUGGAGCGGCAACCGGCGCUGGGCGGCCGCUUGGACAGCCCCGGCAACCUCGACACCCUGCAGGCGAAAAAGAACUUCUCCGUCAGUCACCUGCUAGACCUGGAGGAAGCCGGGGACAUGGUGGCGGCGCAGGCGGACGAGAGUGUGGGCGAGGCGGGCCGGAGUCUACUGGAGUCGCCGGGACUCACCAGCGGCAGCGACACCCCGCAGCAGGACAAUGAUCAAUUGAACUCAGAGGAAAAGAAGAAGCGAAAGCAGCGGAGGAACAGGACAACCUUCAAUAGCAGCCAGCUGCAGGCUUUGGAGCGUGUCUUUGAGAGGACACACUAUCCGGAUGCUUUUGUGCGAGAAGACCUCGCCCGUCGGGUGAACCUCACUGAAGCCAGGGUGCAGGUGUGGUUUCAGAACCGAAGAGCCAAGUUCCGCAGGAAUGAGAGAGCCAUGCUGGCCAAUAAAAACGCUUCCCUCCUCAAAUCCUACUCAGGAGAUGUGACUGCUGUGGAGCAGCCCAUCGUACCUCGUCCGGCUCCAAGACCCACUGAUUAUCUCUCCUGGGGGACGGCGUCUCCGUACAGCGCCAUGGCUACUUAUUCUGCCACAUGUGCCAACAAUAGCCCUGCACAGGGCAUCAACAUGGCCAACAGCAUUGCCAACCUGAGACUGAAGGCCAAGGAAUAUAGUUUACAGAGGAACCAGGUGCCAACAGUCAACUGAGGAAAAAAAUAAUUAAACAGGCCUAAGAAGAAAUCAAAAACCAUAUGAAACCUAUCCUGCUCUGUCAUUUCUUCAUCUGCUGGAAAAAAAACAAAACAAAACAAAACAAAAUAAAACCAAACAAAAACAGAACUAAAAUAUUGGGACCAUGGCAGAGAAAAGCAGGAGAGGAAGCAAAAUGAAAAUUAGUUAACAAAUAUUCCUCCUCCCUCUGGGAUAUCACCACCACUUGUUUCUGUGUGUGUUAAUUUUGUUUUUCCUUUCUAUUCAUGCGCUUUGCUUUAUAUACUCCGAGCUUCUUUCAGUUAGGUUCAGCCCACUCACCCUCAUGAUUGUAUGGGUUUUUUAAAACAUUUACAGCUGCCAAAGAAAAUAUAUAUAUAUAUGGAGAGAGAGAUUCAGAGUAAUUGCCUGUGGUCUCCUCAUUGACUGGUUGAAACCUCCGUGCCUUACCCUACCCUUUCCAGUUCUCUGUACAGAAGCUCUAGGAGUGUUUGAAAAGUCAAAGUCUUUCUGAAGAGUGUGUGCCAGACCCGAUUCCCAUUCUCAUUGUCUCCAUCUCUGUUGGUUAUGGUCAGCUACUGGGGAAAAAAAACAACAACAUUGUCUACAACAUCUGGUUACUGGUGUGUCUGACUCAAUGUGUGAUCAGCUGUGUUUGGCUAAUUCUAAGUUCUAAAUUACAGAUUUAAGUUUAAGCUGUUGAUGAUAAUAUCAGCAUUCCAUCACCCCUUGCCUACAUACAAAUAAUCAGUCAUCUUAAGUUAAAGAUAUUUGUUAUUUUUGAAUGAUUUGCUUCACAGGCUAUUGAGUAGAAGAAAAAUUUUUCACUCACGAGAGGGAGAAAGAAAUUUCUCUAACAGACUGGGUUGUGAAACGGAUGGCCUAUGUCUCUUUGGUGCCUUAAGGGUAGUCAGAUGCACACUUAUAUAUAUACUGUAUAUAUUAUAUAUUUUAUAUAUAUAUAUAAUAUUCUUGAAAGCUGGAGUUUGCAGUUUCUCAAACACAUCAAAGAGAAAUUUCACACUAUCACCACCAUCCUUGUCUCUCCAGUGGUGAGACUUUUAAUUAGGGAUCUUGAUCCUUUCUUUCUCUACACAAUUCUCAUUAAGGCCAUAGAGAAGUGGUUAGGCAGCUGUUGGAGAACAGAUCUUAUUUUCCCAUUAGGGUUUUAAAUAAAGAAUAAAUGAUUAGAGGCUAUAAAAGUGUCCUUAGACUUGGAGCCUGAUAUGUCCUCCCUGUCCUGGGAAUGACACCAAGAAAGAGGAGGUAAAGCCAUUUAGUUGCCUGACUUUUCCACUCAACAGGACUAUGAGAGAUGCACAUUUUAAGUGGAAUACUUAAAGGUUUGUCUAAAUUCCAAAACCUUGUAAAGCAAUUGUGGGCUCUUUUUAUUUUCUCAUAUUUUGCAGUAAAGCUUAGUGUCUGGGGCUGGGAGCUUUCUUUGUUUCCUUUUCUUUGUUUUCAGUCAUGCUUUUGUAACUCACCGGGUGGACUUGACCAAACCACAUUGCCAUGUGGUGCCUCAGUUUACCUUUUUGUAAAUGGUUUAACAAUACUUACCUACCUCACAGGGGUGUUGUGAGGCUCUAUUCAUUUGCUUCUUCAUUCUUUCCUGUAUCCUCUGUAUGUCCAGCACUUUGUAGCCAUGGGAGGAAAGACAUUCAAUGCUAAUAGAACGAAGGAUACAGCACCUGGAAGCCUUGUUUUCUAGUAAGGUAAUGCUACCACCCGGACUUGGAAAUAGUUGGCAAUAGUUUCUCUUUCUAGACCUCUCUAAAACACAUCAUUUGACCAAAGAAUAAGACACACAGAACAUAAUUUUGACUUAUAUUUUCAUCCUGAUCAGCUUGAUUCUAAUAAUGUUAGUUAUCAGUGAUUAAAAGCUACAGAAUGAUUUUGGCCAAAUGUGCCAUCUUUGAGUGACAGGCAAAGAAUUCUGGGUUUAUGAUGCACUUUCAGCACACAUUUGUGUCUUCCCUUGACAUAUCAGAUUGAGCUAAUGGUAUUUUUUUCAAUCAAUAGCCAACCUGAAAAUGUAUGUCAAAUAUCAGUUCUGUAUUUCUUUCAGUAAUAAGAAAGAAGCCCACCUUGUGCCUUCUGCUUUCUUUGACUGAAUUCAUUCUCUUUUAAGUUUAUUUCUUACUGAACAAUAGUGUGGGCUAGCUGAACACACAUUAUUUGCUUCCUAAAGAAUCCUUUGACUUAUUCUUUUGUCCCACUAGCUGCUGCCAGUGAUUUAAGUUUCCAAGGAACAGUUUAUCCUAAUAGAAAAAAAAUUCUUUGAGUUAUGAAAUAAGUGCAAUCCAAGAAAUUAAUGAAUUUUGGGAAUUUGGAGCUAAGGGAGUUAAAAAAGGUAGGGAACAGAAAUCAUGAGAACAUUUUCUGAAGAAGGGAGGAAUCUUUGAAGAAAGAGAACAUACAUGCGAGAGAGAGAGAGAGAGAGCACCAUGUGAGACAAAGUCAUUUGAAGUUCUCAUUUUGACAUUCAUUUUUAGUUGUGCACAGAAAAAUCUGAAUUUCUAAUCUGAAUGCUAGGAGACACUGUGCAGUCCUACUCUAUGCCUGGGCAGAUGGUGACUGAAACACAACAGAGUAACCUGUGCCAGUCAGGCACAGGAAUGUUCAUACCUGGUGAAUCAACACCAAUAUCUAUUAUGAAACAAGAACAACGCACAUGCUACAAGCACUCAGUUUUGCUUUUCUAAUGAAUGAUGUUGAGAAAAUACCAUUUCAUAUGUGCUUUGGAGAAAGACUUCUGGCUCUUCAGCCGGAUGUCAGCAAAAGACCCGAGAACCCCAAAAUACAAAGGCUUAUGUCUGUUCCACAUAAGCAUUAUCCCCAGAUACAAAUGAACACAUCUAAACAUCUGUCAAUGCCCCAACUCUCCCCAAAUGAGAUACUGAUUUGUAGGGUACUUGUCAGGUUAAGUGAAACCCAAAGAGGUGACUUAAUAAAAAAAGGGAAUGACAUUAGGGUAUAAAGUUCUCAUAAAAAUGUAAUAUGUAAAUUAUAUCUUGCUUUAUGAUGUAAAAUAUACAUUG